AGGCAGGUCAUCUUUUACGACCGACCUUCACGCGAAGAAAACCAAAAAGAUCAUAUCACAUCGCCGCGCAAUCGUAGCCAUUCAAUGAGCAAAUCCUCCACGGCUUCUGCACCAAAGAUUCAGACGCAGCUCCCUCAAAAGUCAGCUUGGCUAAGGGGCCCGCCGCAGAGCUCUUCUUCAGCACCCUCACCACGUUCCCAGUCACCAGCACCCAAUCAGGGCGCCCCUCAACCGACCCACUCUAGGCGGCCGAGCACGCUAGGCCAAGGUGUCUCGUUCAAGGAUGGUGUCGCAGGGUCGUCGGUGACCUUCGGUUCGAUAGACGACGUGACUGCACCGAUCUCAUCCUCGCCUGCAGCGGUACCGCCUAUCAAGUCGGAAGGUGUCAAGACGUUCGGUUCUGUUCCAGCGACGUCGACUUCAGCUCCUGCAAAUAUCAAACCUUCCACCUCGUCGUCGUCGCAAACACCGUCUACGCAGUCAAAAUUUGAUGUCAAAAAGCUCUUCCAGGCACCCAGCGCACCAGAGCCUUCGUCUGAGCCGCCAGCGAUCUCUUCGCCCUCGACGCGGUCAUCACAACUGCCGCAGUCUUCACCCCAGACUUCGCACGCCCAGCCGUCGCCGAUGGGACACGCAUACCAGACAUUUGUUCCGGGUGGUCUCCGACCAUCACAGAAUGGUGCUCAGCCCGGCGGCCCGCCUCGUUCACCGGUGUACCCACGCCAGAUACCGAAUGGACAGGUGAAUGGUGCGAAUGGGCGACCGAAUGGUGCGCAAAUGCCGCAGACGUCUGGUCCUGGGCCUAUGCCCACGGCGAUGCCGAGCCCACGGAUGGGUCACCCGCACGGCGGUCAGCCCGCUGGACUGCCUCAUGUACCCCCUCCUGUUCCGGUGCCAGGAUGGCCCGGCUACUAUGCGCGCGAAGAGGAGGAGAGGAAAAAGGCCGAGGAAGAGGAGCGUGUACGCAAAGAGAAGGAGGAGGAGGAGCGUGUACGCAAGGAGGCGGAGGCGGAGGCGGAAGAGCGGAAGAAGAAGGAGGAGGAGGAGCGGUUACGCAAAGAAGAGGAGGAGAAGGAGCGGGUGCGCAAGGAAGAGGAGGACAGACAGAAGGCCAAGGAAGAAGAGGAGGAACGAUUGCGUAGAGAGGAAGAAGAGCGAGCAGCAAAGGAAGCUGAAGAAGCGAAGGUGGAAGCAGCAGAGCCACCAGAGCUUGAGCCGGAGGAGGGCGAGGUUCAAGAGACGGAAGAGCCCGAGUCUGUCGAAACCGAGGAGGCCAAAGACGCGCCACAGGACAAAGCAUCUACCGACAAAGCGUCUUUACGCAUCGACACGGCCCUGACCAGCCCUGAAGGCGCGCGGCGACGCCCGGGCCACCUUGACCUAUCCCUUGCCAAAUCUCAAACUAUCCCUCAACCCCUUCCCUCCGCUCUGGCCACUGCGCGCAUUAUUGAGGAUCUGGGUAGCGUCUCGUACCCCGACGGUAUUCAGAGCCCCAAGGUCGAACUCAACGUCAACGCGAAGCAGGGCAAGUUCCGCUACGACCGCGAUUUCCUACUCCAGUUCAUGGCUAUCUGCAAAGAGAAGCCAGAUUCCCUCCCUCCACUAGACGCCAUUGGCCUUGAACCCGCUGAUCAAUCCUUCCCGAUGAGCCGUGGCGGCUCUGGUCGUCGUUCAUCCACUGCCGCUAUGCCCCCUCCUGCCUCCACCAUCUCUCGCCAGGCAUCCGUUGGUCUCGGCAUCUCCGGCUACAACAAGGGCUCCGGCCCUUUCAACAUGGGUCAAUUCGCCACGCCCAACAACAGCAGGAUGACGACGAGCGACGAUCGAUUCGCGGCUUCGCAAGGAGGUCGGUCGACGUCAAUGUCUGGUGGCGGUCCACCAGCCAUGGCAUUCGGACGUCCAACCACUAUGGUCCGUUCGUCAAGUCAAGGUGGCCCUGGUGGACCCCAACUGAACAAUAAGCGUACCCGGAGCAAGCGUGGCGUUGACCGUGCCGAGCACAGCAAGGCCAAUGCUGGCGGUUCAUCCGCGUUUGGCUCCAAUUCAAUGCAACAAGGUCUGAUGUCCCUCGAGCCCGUUGCACCCCUGGAGCAGUCCGCCAACCGCUGGACGCCGCAGAGCAUUGCCAAGAAGCCUCAGCAAGGCGAAUCAGAGUCGGAUAUUGUGGACCGUAAAGUCCGCUCGCUGCUCAACAAGCUUACUAUGGAGCGCUUCGACUCUAUCUCCGAUCAGAUCAUCUCAUGGGCGAACAAGUCCGAGAAGGAAAAGGACGGACGUACCCUCAUCCAGGUCAUCCGGCUCGUCUUCGAGAAGGCGACGGACGAGGCCGCGUGGUCAGAGAUGUACGCGCGCCUAUGCCGCAAGAUGAUGGAGCAGAUCAGCGCCAACGUUCAGGACGAGGGUAUCAAGAACAACGAGGGCAAACCUAUCGCAGGCGGCCAACUCUUCCGGAAGUAUCUUCUCAACCGCUGUCAAGAAGACUUCGAGCGUGGGUGGGUCGCAAAGGAGGCCACGGCGGUUGCAGCCGCGACAAAGGCAACUGAGGACCGCGCUGCCAAGGCGGCUGCUGAUACAAACCCCAACGCCGACGAGAGUGCCCUCUACUCUGAAGAGUACUACGCUGCGCAGAAGGCAAAGCGUCAGGGUCUUGGUCUCAUCAAGUUCAUUGGCGAGCUAUUUAAGCUGCAGAUGCUUACGGAGCGUAUCAUGCAUGAGUGUAUCAAGAAAUUGCUCGGCAACGUCGAGAACCCUGAGGAGGAGGAGAUCGAGAGCUUGUGCAAGCUCUUGACUACCGUUGGCCAGUCGCUCGAUACUCCCAAGGCGCGCGCCCACAUGGAUGUGUAUUUCUCACGCAUGAAGGAGUUGUGCAAGAACCCCAACGUCAAUUCGCGUAUGCAGUUCAUGUUACAGGAUAUCAUUGAGCUGCGGGCCCGCAACUGGGUGCCACGAAACCAGGUUGCUGCCCCGACGACGAUCGCUGCUAUCCACGAGCAGGCUGCUAAGGAGAAGGCUGUCCAUGAGAAGGAGGCUUACCAGCGCACGCUCAGCAUGUCCCGGGGUGGAUCCAGACGCGGAGGCGAACGUGGUGAUCACUCCCAGAUCGGUCCCGACGGUUGGGCGGUUGCCGGCGGCAACGUGCCGCGAGCACAGCCCAAGGCCGGCGACCUCUCGAACUUCGGCAAGAUACAAAAGGCUGCUCCCAUGACUUUCGGACCAACGAGCGUCUUCGCGGGCAAGAAGGAGAACAAGAGCCGCGAAUCUACGAUGACUCGCGCUGGUUCACAGAACAUGUUCUCCAAGCUCAUGGAGAAUCCCGAACUCGCGACGGAGGCAGCGUCAUCCAAAUCGAGUCGACCACCAAGUCGCAAGCCCAGCGUCGACUUUGGUGCGGCUGGUGCACCCGAAGUGCCGCUUCAGCGCAGAAAGCUCCAGCUCCUGCCGCGGACGCUUCCGAAGUCGGACGAGACCAAGGCAGACUCUACGCCAGCAACGUCAGAGGCUGGCCACUCGGAGGACGAAGGUGGGGACGCGCCGAGUGCGCUGUCAAUGACCGAGGCGGAAGCCAACGUCAGGACCAAAGAAGACUCGAAGGAGUUCUUCAGCAUCCGAGACCUGGACGAAGCGGAGGUCUAUUUCACGAAGCUGCCUACGGAACACAGGUUCCGAUUGGUCGAUAAGCUUGUCACGUCUGCCAUCGAGUCCAAGGAAGCCGACGCCCAACUCGUUGCCAGCUUGUUCAGCCGUGCGCUCUCGAGGAAUUCAUGCUCACCGCACUCGUUCGAGGAGGGAUUCAUGCCGACGGCGGAGAUUCUCGAUGAUAUUGCCAUCGACGCGCCGAAGGCCUUCGACCUGAUGGCGAUUAUGAUGAAGGGCGCUGGUUUGGACAAGGACGAGGAGCGUCGCGCACGGCUUGCCAGCAAGUCGAUGGACAGUGAUAAACUACUCGCGCUUCUUUCAUAGACGAUCCUUUUUGGUGUGUGUUUUCGUUGCUCUGAGUUCCUCGUUCUGUCGCUGGCAUCAUUACUGUAUCCUCACUGUUCCCAUUGCAUUCUUGUUAUUAUUUCCUCAGCAUCUGUGAUGUCUACCCUGCAUUAGUGUGUAACAUUUACAUAGCACAAUACUGCACGAUAAUCAUGAGCUGUCAUUCCCUUUCAUGCCAUAUUUAUGUCUUCACUCGUCUGCUUGACGAUACGACAGCCAGUCUUUACCGUCAAUACAAGAAUCAGAGAAUUCCCAUA